UGCGCUGCUGGUGGCGUCACGGUGGCGGCAGCCAAUCGGCAGCGGCGCGGCGCGGCUCUGCCAUGGCCGAGCUUGGGAACCCCUUUCAGGAUCCCGCCGUGGUGCAGCACCGGCCUGGCCCCGAGUACGCGACGCUGGACGUGUACAACCCGUUCGAGGGCACCGUGCCACCCCCGCCGUACCAGCCACCCCUGCCUGCAGCGGCUGCGCCAACCCCGAAGAGGCCGAGCCCCCCUGAGCCCAAGAACUAUGGUUCCUAUGGCACCCAGGCCUCGACAGCAACAGCCACAGCAGAGCUGCUGAAGCGGCAGGAAGAGCUGAACCGGAAGGCAGAGGAGCUGGACCGGCGGGAACGGGAGCUGCAAAAUGCUGCUCUUGGCAGUGCAGCCACAAGGCUCAACAACUGGCCCCCCUUGCCAUCCUUCUGCCCUGUGAAGCCUUGUUUCUACCAAGACAUCCCUGUGGAGAUCCCUGCUGACUUCCAGAAGACAGUUUCUACCAUGUAUUACCUCUGGAUGGCCAGCACCAUUGCUCUCUUCUUGAACUUUCUGACCUCCCUGGCCUGGUUUUGUGUGGAGCCUUCAUCAGGUUCUGGGUUCGGCCUCUCCAUUCUCUGGGCUCUUCUCUACACGCCGUGUUCCUUUGUCUGCUGGUAUAGGCCGAUGUACAAAGCCUUCAGAAGCGACAGUUCGUUCAACUUCUUCGUCUUCUUCUUCGUCUUCUUUGCCCAGAAUGUCGUGUAUGUGUUGGAGGCAAUUGGCAUACCAAACUGGGGAUUCAGUGGCUGGAUAUUGAGUCUGAUAGCACUGAGGAAGAACACUGCUGUGGCUGUAAUGAUGAUCCUGGUGUCCUUAUUCUUCACAGCAGUGGCUGUGCUGGGUAUCAUCAUGCUGAAAAAGAUCCACUCUCUAUACCGCCGGACGGGUGCCAGCUUCCAGAAAGCACAGGAGGAGUUUGCUGCGGGUGUUUUCUCCAACCAGGCAGUGCGCACUGCAGCAGCAAAUGCUGCAGCGGGUGCAGCCACCAACGCCUUCCGGGCACCUUAGGGCAGGCCAAGGCCCUGGUUUCUCACUUGCACAUGGGCUAUUUUUAAUGAAGAGGAAAUGCAAGUUGCACUUUCAUUGGAUCCCUGUGUGUCUGCAUCAGCUGUUGGAGUCUGGCUCAUCCCAGCUUGGAAGUGCUGGUGCCUGAAUCAUCUGCUGCACUAACCCCUUCCCUCACAGAUGGAGGCUGUUGUGGUUUGUGCAGGUCCUUUUCCCUUGGUGGACAGAAAUUGGGGGGGGGGGGGAGAGCAGGAUGGGAGGGGCAGUGAGUGAGCCCUGCACCUGCCAUUGCCAUCCCUUCUAGCACCAGCUGCUGAGGAGCAGGAGUCUCCUUCAGAUCUGUGACAGGGACUGAAGCAGCUGCUGACCUUUCCCUGCUACUGCCUGUGGAUCUCCUCUUUCCCCUCUGGUGAUGCCACUUGUGUGCUGUGGGGCACAAAAGGUCCUGCUUGUGUCUCGGUCCCAGGGUGGCUAGGAAUUAGCUCUUUCCCUGGAAGCUCUAGGUCUCCUUUCCUUUGGAGCAGGGCCAGGUUCUCUGCCGAGAAAUCAUCCUCAUCUUUCCCUGGGGCUUGCUCCUGUGGGGUUGGGCUGGUUCUGUCCCUGAGAGCUGCCAGCCUGGGCGGGGGGUCAGGGGCACUGAGCUGCACCAGAACCACUCCCCUUCACCUGCCAUCUUCCUGUGUCCCUUAAGUUGCUGUGUUGAGCCUGCUCCAAGUGCAAGGAUUCAGAGAGGGCUGUUGUGAGAAGUAGUUGUGGUGCAUAUGCUUCUGGCAGUGGUGGCUGCCUUUAGCCCAUGUGUCAAAUUGCAACUGCCUGGGCCUGGCAAUUGAAGGACCCUAAACACAGGUUGGGUGCUGGAAGCACUCCUUGUACCUCUGCACCUUCCCCACUCCCUCAGAUUCUCCUGCCAUCUGGCCGUCUGUGAGAGGGCAAACAGAUUGUCCCUUAUUUCCACCUGCAGCGGGGGGGGGGGGGGGGGGGG